GUCAAAGCUCAAGUCAACUUGGUGAGGUAACAACAAACAUGGCGGCGCUCGGUGCAGUGAGGUGCUUGCUGAGGAGCUACUCUCGGGUGAAAAAUGUCGAGAGGAGCGCACAGGUCUUCGUCAGAUGUAGCAGGAGGACGCUUUGUGGUGGAACACAUGACAGCGCGCCCUCCGAAAGCAAUUCCAAGCCCCAGUUCACUGACCCAGAAGUGCAGGACAUCCUCACCAGGAUAACAGGCCUGGACCUGCAGAAGGUUUUCCGACCCAUUAAACAGGAGCUGAAGCCGCCCACAUACAAACUUAUGACUGACGACCAGCUAGAGGAGGCAGUGCAGCAAGCUGCGGGGCAUGCGAGGAGGCUGCUGCAGAUGCCCCCCGUCCUGCCGGAGAGGAAGCCCAUCAGCGACGUCCUGUCUGAGGAUAAGAUCCUGGAGGGCAUGGAUACAGCCAAAUACGUCUUCACUGACAUCACCUACAACAUCCCACACAGGGAGAGGUUUAUUGUUGUACGGGAGCCCAGCGGGACACUGAGGAAGGCUACCUGGGAGGAGAGAGACCGACUCAUCCAGGUCUAUUUCCCCAAGGAGGGACGCAAACUCACACCGCCUCACAUCUUUAAGGAGGACAACCUCAAGAUCGUGUUUUCCCAGGAUCGCCAUGAGGACGUGUUGGACCUGUGUCUGGUCCAGUUUGAGCCAGACUCCUCAGAAUACAUCAGGGUGCAUGCAGCCACCUAUGAGGACUUGGACAAGCACGGCAAGUAUGAGCUGCUGCGCUCCACCAGACAUUUUGGAGGCAUGGCGUGGUACCUUGUCAGCGCACGCAGGGUGGAUGGCCUCAUCGUAGACAUGCUGAAGAGAGAUCUGCUUCAGGAUGCAGUGAGCCUUGUGUCCCUCUUCCACAUGAUGCACCCCCACAGUGAAUCGGCCCAGGAGGCUUCCAGCCAGCAGGCCAGUGGCACUGACCUGCUAAAGAUCUACGCCCAGAAGGAGUCCCAGAGGUCGGGCUACAUCGAGUUGGCCCUGCAGGCCUACGAACAGACGGCUGCUGAGAGCUCCGCCGCCUGAAUGGCCCACCUCCAAAACAGAGAUAUGCCAUCCUCCUUCAGCUGGGAUCUGUAACCACAUUCAGAGGCGCACACUGAUAUCUGUCUGCCUAUAUGUAAAACAUGACAGUGUGCUGUCGUGUCACCGCAAGGGUCCAGAUCAAUUGUCAAAUGUGCUUCAUGUUUGAAAGACAGAAAUCUGAUGGAGACAUUGUAGGGAAUUCUCUCUGGCCAUUUCAUCUAUUUGUCUAUUUAUGUAUUUCAUUGAGAACUCAAGAGUCAAAUCCUCCCUGUCAAGUUAACUGAUGUACAUAACAAAAUAAAAGAGGUCUUUGUACACAA